CCUCCUAGUUCCAUCGGGAUCUCAUCCAGUUGACCUCCUCUUUUUCACCAACCGGCCAACCACCUUCUCCCUCAGAUCCAAUCCAGCUACCUCCCAAUUCGUCUCCACUGACCUGUCCCGAUGCAAGCGCCGAGCCCCACCUGUGUAGAGUGUGCCCGAGCGAGGAACCUGAACUCUUGGAGCUCCUACGCCGCCCUCUGCCUUCCUCUCAUGCUCGCACCCGAGCAGGAGGGCUCUGUCCAUGAGCUCCCACUGCUCCAGUGUAGGCCCGAGCGACCUCGCUCCCAUGCCAUCUUAGGCACCGCCCCGGCGAGCGCCACCGCCGAAGCUUCUGCGUCCACCGCCCGCACCUGCAAGGACCCCGUCGCCGGCGACCAAGACCAGCGCCAAGGGAACCGCUGCCGCACAUGGCCUCGCCCUCAUCUUCGAGCAGUGCCAUCGUCGGAGUUCCUCGUCGCCAGGAACCAGCGCCCCGACCCUCGUACUACCCAUAUCCGCCGCGCCCGCUGGUCCCUGUCCUUGUAUCGCGCCUCUGCUUCCACCCCUAUGUCGCCGUUGCUCUGCCUCCAUACGAGGAGACGACCAGGAGCCAAGCCCAGCGCCUGCGUUGACCGCGUCCCCACCAUCUCCUCGUUCGAUCCACCAAGGCCGGCCCAGCACAGGCGCCAAGGCCCAGCUCCCUGGAGAGAUUUGAGCAGACCCCUCCAGCCUUCUGUGCGCUAUUGGGCUUGUCCCUGAUUCAGCCCGCUUCUAUUUUUUUCUUUUAGCGAAUUUCCUAUUUAACCAGUGCAUUGCAUAUUUACAGCUAGGUCCCUCAUGUUCAUGCAUUUCAUAAUUCACCAACCGUGCAUCGGAUGUAAAUAAAUUAUAUAUGAAACUUGACUAGAAUUUCAUCUAGUUUAAUAAUCAUGUUUGACAUGUUUAAACUGUUGUUUGCAUUAUUUUUCUUAUAUGCCAUAUUAAAAUUCUUUAAUUCAUAACUAAAUAACCGUAGCUCAGUUUUAAAUAAACUUUAUAUGUAAAUGGGGUAGAAAAAUGCAUAUAUUAUCAUGGUGCACUUUUCUUGCAUGUUUAACAACUAUAAAAUAUACUUUAGGGCAGAACAGUACCAAACCUAAAAUAUGCACAUGAGGAUUUUCCAGACUUGUUGUUUGUUGUUUCGGCCUCAUUUAAAUUUGCCUAGAUA